GGCGCGGGCGCCCUCUGCUCGCGCAGGUUCCGGAGCGGGCUUGGCGCGGCUGGCGGCAGCCGCUGAGGGACCGGCCGCCACGGGGCGCCUGCCACGUCAGGGCAACUUCACAAAACCCGGCGAGGGCGGGUGACGCAGGCGGGCGGCUGCGGCGGGGCUGCACGGCGGCCGGGCGAGGAGGCUGAGCGCCAGCCGCGCGCCCGGUUCAGCGACGCCCCGGCCCUCGGGAGGCGGGGGAGCGGAGGAGGAGGCCCGCGCCCGCCCCGCGCGCAGCCCGGGCCCCGACUGGGCGGCGGCCGGGGCCAAUCGGCUCGAGCCGCGCUCGCACCCGGGCAGCGGCGGCGCGGAAGGGAGGCGGCGGCUGGCCGCGCAGCCGGGGCCGGGCCAGCGACCGGCCAUGGAGACCCGCUACAACCUGAAGAGUCCGGCUGUUAAACGUUUAAUGAAAGAAGCAGCAGAAUUGAAAGAUCCAACAGACCAUUACCAUGCACAGCCUUUAGAGGAUAACCUUUUUGAAUGGCACUUCACAGUUAGAGGGCCCCCAGAUUCUGAUUUUGAUGGAGGGGUUUAUCAUGGACGAAUAGUACUGCCACCAGAAUACCCCAUGAAACCACCAAGCAUUAUUCUCCUAACAGCUAAUGGGCGAUUUGAAGUAGGCAAGAAAAUCUGCUUGAGCAUCUCAGGGCAUCAUCCUGAGACUUGGCAGCCUUCCUGGAGCAUAAGAACAGCGUUACUAGCCAUCAUUGGGUUUAUGCCAACAAAAGGAGAGGGAGCCAUAGGUUCUCUAGAUUACACACCCGAGGAAAGAAGAGCGCUCGCCAAAAAAUCACAAGAUUUCUGUUGUGAGGGAUGUGGCUCCACCAUGAAGGAUGUCCUGUUGCCUUUAAAAUCUGGAAGCGACUCAAGCCAGGCUGACCAAGAAGCCAAGGAACUGGCUAGACAAAUCAGUUUUAAGGCAGAAGUCAAUUCAUCCGGAAAGACUAUUGCUGAGUCAGACUUAAACCACUCUUUUUCAAUAAAUGAUUUACAGGAUGAUAUACCUACAACAUUCCAGGGUGCUACAGCCAGUACAUCGUAUGGAGUCCAGAACCCCUCGGCAGCCUCCCUUCAACAACCUGCCCAACCUGCAGUUAAGAAUACCUCCAUGAGCCCUCGACAACGCCGGGCGCAGCAGCAGAGUCAAAGAAGGUCAUCUGCUUCACCAGACGUAAGCCAGGGCCAGCAGCCAAGAGGCCACCACACUGAUCACGGUGGAUCUGCCGUACUGAUUGUCAUCUUGACUUUGGCGUUGGCAGCUCUUAUAUUCCGGCGAAUAUAUCUGGCCAAUGAGUACAUAUUUGACUUUGAAUUAUAAUAUUGUUUUGUGUCUUAAGAGCUGUGACUCAACUGCUUCAUUAAACAUUCUGCAUUGGGUAUAAUCUAAGAACUGUUUACAAAAAGAUUAUUUUCUACUUACCCUUCAUUCCUUUUUUGAUCCUUAUAACUUCAGUAUAAAUAUAACUAGACAUUCAGACUUGUCCUGCUUAGUUUAAGAGACUGGAAGUUGAAGUCCCUUGUCCCACCAAAUGACCUGUUCUACAGGGAUAGAGUUUACUGUUGUUUCUCAUGCCUUGGCUUCUCUUUAUGUAAAUUUGUGAUACUCUUCUGUAUAACCCUUAGACAUUUUGGAUAAAAGAUGGUGUUUUAAGCUCCAGUGAGUAUUACUAGUUACUCAAUGCCAGUUAUUGAGUACUCUGUUUCUGUAGAAUGAUAUAGGGAUAUGAGUUGAAAAGGGAAAAUAAAACCCGUCAAAUAACUUGCUUAAAAUAUCACUCAAGAAACAUACUGGGAUUGCCCAUUCUAUAACUUUGUGUUGUAAACAUUCUUCAGUGAAAGUAGCUGUUUCAUUCAAACAUCUAUGAGGAAAUGAGAUUAUAUCUUUGUUAUUGGAUGUUACUUGACUAGAGAAUAAUGCAUUGUAACCACUUUGUUAUGCUGUUAUCCCUUCAGUACACACACAAGAUUCACAAAGGAAGAAAACAAUCCUCCAUCGAGCUUUGUUUAAGGAAGGAAAGGUCCAGUCCAAACCAAUUCUUGAUUUUCUUCCAGUAGUUAAGUGGGAGGAUCUUAAGAUUUUAAUGUUUGCUCUGCUCUGAAUUGUCUCUGUUGAGAUGUAUUGUAAGCCUAGCUUUGUAAUCAGUACAAAUUUAAUUAUUUCAGGAAUAUGCAUAAUGUUGAUAUACUUCAUGUACCAUUUUAAUAGAAAAGCCCAGGGCCCAAGGAACAGUGAAAGAAGUUAGAAAAACCCUUACUUAGAAUUGCCCACCUAAUCAAAGCCCAAGAAAUAAUUUUCAGUGCAAAAUCAAUAUAUAACUUAAUGCUAGUCAGCUUCACAGACUCUUAGUAGAUAAUUUUAUCAUCAGAAUGCCUGCCAAGAACAUACAAUCACAGGUAAACAUUGCCUUCAGCAUAUUUAGCUGCAGCAUUAAGGGCAUUAUUGAGAGUAUUAUUAAUGAAAACAUAAUUUUUAAAUGCAGGCAGUCCCCAGUUUUCAAAUAUGUUAUGCUGUAAAAGUGCAUUUGUGUUAAUUUUUUUUUGUAACUCAAUGUUAUAAGUGUUUUAGGUUUUAGACAAGUCCACAGAAGUUAGUCCAUAAUGUAUCUUGAAUACUUUGGGGGAUAGUAUUCAUAAAGUCCUUAUGUGGUUUUAGCUAACUGAAAUUAUGGGCAAGAUAGAAACAAUUUGUAAAAUGAUUUUAAAAGCAAAUUCAAUUUUUACUCCUGCUAUUGGCCUUUGGUUCUAUUAAUUCAGACACAAUUUCUGUUUUCAUCUUAGAGCCAGUUCUUUUAUGUCUGCAUUUAAAAUAAGAACCUAAUUGUGUACCAUUAUAUAAUACAUAGUUGUAUACUUAACUUUAAUAAAUAAUCAUUUUUAAAGUAUUUACAGAUUGUUUCUGUUGUAUCUACAGCUGAAGUUGGGUCUAAAAAGCCCAAGGACUUUAUGAAGACCUCAUAUGUCAGGGAAAUUGUAGGUUACCAUUUUAAAACUUUAUUGCCAUGAAAAAGUACAUUCUGAAGUCUUGGUUUGGAACACGAGAUUUUAGAAAUACUGGUUCACGGUUGGUGGUCUCCUGGCAAGAAGUCACUGACCCCUCCAGGAAGACCAGGCAGUGUUAUCACCUGAGAAGAAGGAAGUCCCUAUGCUGUCGACCUGUGUGAGAUUAAUCAUGUGCUACAAACAGUCUUCCCUCUGUUUCUCUCAGUCAGACUUGAGUCAGCCUCUGAAUUUAUAUGAUUUUGUUGCAUGGUUCCAUGGGGUGUUAAACUGUACUUUAAAAUCGAUAAAGCCAAGAAGAUUUUGCAUUGUGCAGAUCUUUCUCUGUCUCAUUGCCUCUCUUCCCGCAGCUGUCAGCUGACAGGCCUCCUCGGUUGCCCUGGGUUUUUUAGCCCCUGAUACAUGUAUCUGAAAGUGGCAUCCUUUUUUGCUCCUCUUUCAGCUCACAUGCUACCUAAAAAUCCUUGUCAACCUGACCUCCAUUGUGGAGUUAAUAAGCAAAACUGAUCUUUGGGGCCACUCUUUCUCAAACCUCCCUGAAGAGCUUCUUCAGAAAACUAUCUUUAAAGCCCUAUUUAACCCCUUAAAUAUAGCAUAGGGCCAAAACAGAUGACUGAUCUGGUAGAUGAAGGUUUAGGACUCCUUCCCUUAAUCCUUAGAUUUUGGUGACUUGUGGCUUUUUUCUUGACCAACCCAGCCCAUGACUACAUUUCAAAGUAGUUGAAAUAGCGUGCUUGAAAACAUACCUAUUUCAUCUGUAACUGUUCAGGCCAAUGCAGCCUUUCCAACUGUAUGUAUUGUGGGGCUUUUAUGUAGCACUUUACAUUUUCAUGCUGCUUAUUGUUUAUUCUACUGAAAUAAAUGAAUUUCAUCAAAAUUCUCAACUAUUUUUAAAAAACCUUUAAAAAUUGUUUAUUACUUUGAUUAUAGAAAUACAAAAUUUCCUAUUUCAAGAGAAUAAGAAGUCUUUAUUAUUUCUGGCUAUGAAUACAUUUUCUGAUAUCUUGAGACCUCCCAUUUUUGUAAUCCGGUCAGUGAACAAGCAAACCUCACACAUAUUGAGCAGAAACCUAGGCUGAAUUACUGAAAAGCCUGUAUUGUUUAAUUACUUGCAAGUAAGUAUAUGUGAAGUAAAUGCAUUUAAGCGGGCCUGACUUAACAAAGAAUAAGGGCACAUUAAAGUAUGUACUAUUAAAGCCUUUGUGGGUGGCUGCACAUUGCUCACAUGCUGUUUGGAACACCUCGGACAGUUGCCUUGAGAACUAGUUUGAGCUGCUCAAUAAAACCAGUGACUUUAUUCAUACCUUGCUUUGACCAGAGGUUGUAUUCUCUGUGUCAUUCGUUCUUACCUCCUGCCCAUCCUACCUCCUUGGAUAUUCUCUCACAUCUUUCCACUUCUCUUCGUGCUCACCACCACUUUACCAAUUAGCCAUCACCUCCUCUGUUCUAGUGCAGUAACCUCCACCAAGUGUCCAGUCUUGCCCCAUUCAUCACAUUGAAGCCGGAGUUAUCUUCAGUGCACAGAUCUGACCCCAUCUCUCCCAGUGUCCCCUUAAUGUGGGACACAAGGCUGUGUGUGACGACAAGUUCCACCCAGCUUUCUGGCCUAAUAACUUCACUGCAUAUGUGUGCUAGGUCCUUUCCACAACUCUGAUCUUGAGCCACAGGGCCCAGUCCCCUCCCCUGAGAGAAUUGAACAAAUGUUAAAGUUUCACACCCACUGCCUCACACCACAUACAAAAAUUAAACUCAAUAGAUUUAAGACCUUAAUAUAAGAGCAAAAACUAAAGUCUUAGAAGAAAACAGUUAAUCUUUGUGGCCAGGGUUAGGCAGUGGUUUCUUAGGUACGAUAUCAAAAGCACAAGCAAGCAAAGAGUAGAUAAAUUAUAAUUCACCAGAAUAAAAAAACUUGUGUUUCAAAGAAUACCAUUAAUAAAGUAAAAAGGACACAGAAAAGGAGAAAGUAUUUGCAGAUCAUAUACCUAAUAAGAGACUUGCAUCUAGAAUAUCUAAAGAACUCAUAACUUAAUAAUAAAAAAAACCUGAUUAAAACAUGGCAUAGGGUUUGAAUAGACAUUUGUACAAAGAAGAAAUGGCCACUAAAUAGGAAAAGAUGCUCAACAUCAUUAGUCAUUAGGGAGAUGCACAUCAAAACCAGCGAGACCGCUUCACACACAUGAUGGCUAGAAUAAAAAGUAUUGGUGAGGAUGUGGAAAAAUUGGAGCUCUCAUACCUUGCUGGUGGAAAUGUAAACUGGUGCAGCCACUUGGAAAAAUUGGUAGUUCCUCAGGAAGUUAAACAUAGAGUUAUCAUUGUGACUCAGCAAUUCCACUUCCAGGUAUAUAUCCAAGAGAAAUGAAGACGUUCACACAAAUUUGUACACAAAUAUUCAUAGCAGCAUUGGCUGCCAUUAACCAAGAACUGGAAACUCAAAUGCCCAACAACUUAUGAAUGGAUAAAGAGAUGUAUUAUACAAUACAAUGGAAUAUUGCUUGGCAAUGCAAAAGAAUGAAAUUUUAAUACAUGAUUCUAUUUAUGUGAAAUGUCCAGAUUAGGCAGGCAAAUCCAUACAGACAAAGUAGAUUGGUGAUAGCCAGGGAAGGGGGAAGAGAACUGGCUGCUAAUGGGUGUGAGGUUUCUUUAGGGAAAUGAAACUGUUCUAAAGUUACAUAGUGGUAAUAGUUGCACAGCUCUGAAAUACUGAAAACCAUACAUGAAAGUACAUCUAUGGUAUGUGAAUGAUAUUGCAAUAAAGCUGUUAUAAAAAAGUUA